CAAAUUUAACUCGACAAAGCCACCGCGAUGUCCGAGCGCGCGCUGGAUCGGCUACAUGUGCCUGUGCCGGACGGUACUGUUCCUGGGCACGACCGCACUUCAUCGUCCUUCUCGCUAACCUCGCCUACGUCGGGGCAUGACCGCACUGGAUCGUCGUGUCUGUCGCCUGUGCUGUCAGGGCCGCCAUCUCCGACACGCUAUGCCCCCGUCAACUGCGAAGUGCACAUGCUUGUGCCUACGAUUCCCGCGGAAGAGCCGCUGGCGGAACAUAUUCGUGUGCUGCUGAAAGAGACGGACUCAGACCCGUCCGCGUUUCAGCAUUUACGUGAUAUUUAUCUACAAACGAUCCAACCCAGCACCACUGCAUCGCCGCUACUCAAGCAACUGCAUUGCAUGCCAGUGACAUCAUCCGCGAUUGCGAACGCUGUACAAGCGUCCGAAGAGAGCAGCGUGAUUCUCGGGUCGACGUCCACGUCGCUUUUGAGAAGUCCCAUGGCGCAAAAGAUGAAGUCGAACUAUCACCAGUGGAAAUCUACAUUCCUCAAGACAAAAGACAGUGAACAUGACGAGGAGAGCGCCGACGAGGACGGUUUUGCACCGAUGCAACCUCCCAUCACGGAUCUCGUCGUUGUGUUCAGCGGCGACGUCACACCCGAAGACUUCGAAAAGAUUGAAAAGUCUCCCGGUGGCAUCAAGGCCGAUCUCAACCGCGGGCGUCGUGGCCAGUUCGUGUAUUUGUGUCAAAAGCGCGAAACGCCGUCUGCUUUUGGAUACAAGCGCCCGCCCAUCAGCGACAUCAUCUUGAUUUACCCUGAACGAGGCGAGUGCCCGCCGCCCAACUACGAAUUCGUCCAACGGCGUGGCGUGGCGGCCAACCUCAACGCGGGAGUAAGCGGUGAAAAGCUGUACAUGUGCUUCAAACGGUCCGCUUCGUCGUCGAUCACAGACAUUGCCGUCGUGUUCCCCAAGAAAGGCGAGAAAGUGCCAUACGGGUACAUGAAGAUCGACAAAACUCCCCAUGGCCACUCCGUCGACAUCCACACCAACAUGGAGGUGUCGAUCUGCUACAAAAAACACAUUGGCCUCGUCGAGUACUUGAAACCCUUGUGGUGGCACGCCACGCUUGCCAACUCCCCGCACGGCCCCGUGCCGCUCAACGCACACGCGCCCCGACCGAAGACCCGCACUGCAUUCUUCGACGACGGAGAUAGCAAAGGCGAUGCGACGAAAGCGGUCGAAGUUGUUCGAUCCGAGAUGGCGACCAGAGACAAGUUGGCGACGGCUCCGUCGUUGUCGCGGGCGGCGUCAGUAAAUGAUGCCAGCUCAGACGACGACUUGUCGACGCUGAUCAAGUAUAUGUACCCACUGCUCGUGUCGUGCCACAUGCGGCAGGGGACGAUUGCAGUCCAAGCAAUCGCAAGGCUCGAGACGCUGUUGGAUUCGGAUCUGGUCAAACGCCACGUGAUGAAAAACGACGCGUACUUGCUGACAGCGCUUGUCGAAACCAUCAACACGUCGUGCCAGCAAGGGUUGCGGGACCGCGUGCCGAUUGUGAUGGGAGUGCUGUCGAAGGUGAUCAAGCAGUACGCGCACGAGUUUUCGUCGGUCAUUUUGCACGAAGUGACCAAAGCGCUUCUGUUUGUUAACGAUUUCGACGAUGGCGCGGCCCGCGCGGCCUUGGAAGACAUGAUCCACUCGGUCAUUCGGCGCGUCGACGUCGACAAGAACAUGAUCCAGGCCAACUUAUCCAAACUUUUCGCGGCCAACCACCCGUCGAUUGCGUCCAGAGAUGGCUUGCUCGCCAAUAUCGUGUACGGUGUCGCAAGCGAAGCCGUGACAACGGUCGAGAUUGCCCGUAUGAACGAAAACGCCCUCAACAUUAUCAAGGGCCAUUCGUCCAUCUACUCGGCGGGGUUUUGUCACGAGAUUCAGCAUUGCAUCAAGGGGCUGCUACAAACCACGGCUGAGUGCAAUGCAUACCAGCUCAUAGCAACCCUGAGUAAAUAUGCCACAAAGCGCAAUUGCUCGACGGUCGAUCAAGCGUAUGAGAAAGACUGUGCGUCGAUCACAAACACACUGCAUAUGCUGGACGUUGCCCUCCUGAGCGGUCCACCCGUAUUCAAGGACCACCCAGUGUUUGGCCAGCAGAUCCGUCGGUUUGUGUGCAGCGUCGUGAAUUCGGCCUGUGUGAUGUGGUCCGAGUCGGUCAUGCGUGCUGCUCUCAGCCUUGUCACGACGCUGUGGAAUCAGUACCGACUGCAUUUGAAAGUCGAACUCGCGUUGUUGUUUGAGAACGUGUUCCUGCGGAUCCUACGCAGCCCCGGCCCGACUGCGGCCAUCUUCCAGUCGUUGGUGCUCCACGAACUCAUGCCGUGGUUUCAACUCCCGCACAACGUGGUCGAGAUUUUCCUCAACUUUGACAUGGACCGUCAGUUUGUCCAGCAAUGGAAGGUAUUCGAACAGUUCUGCGCCGCUCUGUGCAGCAUCACUGAAACAAGCUGCGUGAACGGCGGGUCCAGCGACGCCGACGACUCGAAUGCGCUGGAUAUUGGCGAGCAAGCGUUAAGCACGAUCUUGGCGAUUUUACGCAGUCUCAUGGACGCCAGCGGCCACGCACACUUGAUUCUUCGCAACGACAAGACUCGAAUUCUGUCGAUGGCGAAGGGUGGGUGGGAGUUGGACGAGUUUAGCAGUCCAACAAGCCCCACGGCGGCUUCGCAGCCCGACCUGUCGCCGCACGCGGCCACGUCGUCUGAUGAAGUCGCUCCCCAGCCACAAGACGACCACGAGUCGAAUCCGAUUUUGAACCAAAAACUCGGGUCGAUUUAUGGCACCGUGCGCGAACGCAACGAGUUGCAAAAGAAGAGCCAGCAGUUGCUCAAACGCGGAAUGGAAAUCGCGGAAACCAAGAGCUUCAAGAAAGCUCUCGAGUACCUGAUCGCGAUGGGGCUGAUCAAAGAGUCGCCACGAGACAUCACAUCGUUCCUUCGCAUUUACCACACGUUCUUUGACGAGAGCGACAUCGGCGACUACCUUGGCGAAGGCGACGAAGAGUUCAAACUCCACAUUCGCCUUACGUACGCCCGGGCAAUCUCGUUCACGGGCAUGACGCUUGUCGAGGCGCUGCGACACUACCUGACCCAUGGCGGGUUCAAAUUGCCCGGUGAAGCGCAAAAGAUCGCCCGGAUGGUCGAGGCGUUUGCUCAGUGCUACUACGAGGAUUUGGCCGGUGCAACGGCGUUCUCGAGCUCGGACACGAUUAUGAUCUUGGCGUACUCGAUUAUCAUGUUGAACACAGACCUGCACAACCCUCAGGUGAAGAAGAACAAGAUGUCCAAGGACCAGUUUGUGAAAAACAACCGGGGCAUCGACAACGGGAACGACGUCCCCAAGUCGCUGCUCGAAGACAUCUACGACGACAUUUUAAACACCCCGAUCCAGCUCAAGGGCCUCGCGUACACGUUGCCAAGCACGAAACCCGACCACGCGACGAACGCAGACGCCGAGUGCGAGAAAUUUCGCAUGUGGCUGUCCAAAUCCGUGACGCAGUCGGAGGACUUGAUGAAGGACUUGGCCCGGUCCAAGUUUACGUUCAACUUUUUUGGCGUCGAUGCCAGCAUCAGCCCGGAUCUGGUCAAAAUCCUUUUUGAACGCGUGUGGUUCCACUUCCUCGCGCUCUCGACGACCAUCUUGAGCAACAACCAGAGUGACUUGAGUCUCGUCUUACAAUGCCUCGACAUGCUCCGCUACUGCAUUUCGAUCUGUGUCUUUCUCGAGAUGCACGUCGAGCGCCAAGCGUUUUCGAACCAGCUGACCAAACUCCAAAUGUCCGAUACGUUUGGAAAGGAACCGCUCAAGGAACCUGCGUCCACGGACGACCACCACCGGCAACAGCAGCAGCCCGAGUGGCUCGAAGGCCACAAAUCCAGUGACACAGAUCCGUGGACUGUCAUCGGCGACAUCCACGUGUACGUGAACAAGCUCAAGGACUCGAUUCAGAAGCGCCAGACGGUAGAGAAUCUCAAGAGUGUCACAAAGCGCAUCAACCGAAGCCACGUGUACCUUCAUGAUUCGACGCAAUUCAUCCGCGAAGGCGAUUUGACCAAAAGAUGCCGCACGGGCCGCCAUCGCGUCUAUCGUUUCUUUCUCUUCAACGAUCAGCUCCUAUACGCGGACAAGGGCAUUUCAGGCAACUUCAAUGCUCACCAGUCACUGCGUCUGCGUCUGACUCGGCUCGCAGACAUCCCCGACAGCCUCCUUGUGCGCAAUGCGUUCCAGAUCUUGAACCCUGUCAAGAGUUUCACCGUGAUUGCCGAGACCGCCCCGCUGAAAGCGGAAUGGAUGCGCGAAAUCGAAGAAGCCAUCAUGGAAGCGAACAAGAAGACAAACAUCAACCUGCGCCGUCUGUCCACGGCGCGCGGCCUCAAGCGUGAAAACAACGCAGCCAUCAUUGCCGAAGCCAAAGCAAAUGCCAAGGAGAAGGUUGAUGAAACGAGCGCACCAGCCGCCCCAAUGGCGACACCGCCCGAGAUGUGGGUCGCGCAGUUGGACGUCUGAAGGCCACAUUUGCGCUGAGGGAGCUUAAGGAAUACAACAUGUUUGCAUGGAGA